CAGUCCACUGUAUUAUACAAUUACAAGGUCAAGGCGAAGGCAAAAACCCUAUCGUCCCAAACCUUGCACUUCUCCUGCUCACCGAUGGCGGCGCCGCUGCGGCGUACCUUCACAAUCCCCUUUUUCCGGCGCCACUUCCUCGCUUCAUACUCAGCCGCCGCAACUUCGGUUCCCAAUCCCAGUUCCGUCUCCGCUGCAAAGUCCGCCAUCCGAUCCGAGUCCGAUGCCGAACGCCUCGUCUCCCUCUUCGAGUCCGUAACCGACUGUCCCUCCUUCUACGGAGACCGCUCGAUCUAUAAACUCACGAUCGAUAAGCUCGCUCGCCGCCGCCGGACUGACCUCAUCGAGCGCGUUCUCGAGAAGGCCAUGCACAGCGAACGCACCCCCAAGUCUGAGGGCUUCCUGAUCCGCCUGAUCGGCCUCUACUCUGAAGCCGGAAUGGUCGACCAAGCCGUGCGGGUCUUCGAGAACAUUCCCAGCCUCGCCGGCCAGCGCUCUGAACGCUCCCUCUGCGCACUCUUGUCAGCUUUUCUCGACAACGGCUGCAUCGAACGCCUUCAAGACGCUUUCAGCCGUUCUGUUGAAGAGUACGGCGUUGCCCCAGGCAUUGCAUCUUAUAAUAUCUACCUCAAAGCUCUCUGCUCUAGCUCUGCCAACAAGGUUGACGAGGCACUCGCAUUGUUUGAUCAAAUGCAUGAUAAAGGAAUUGAGCCCGACAUCUCCUGCUAUAACACGCUCUUGGACGGCUAUUCAAAGAAAGGAGACUACGCUGGAUUUGACAAGGUUCUCAAGGAGAUUUGCAAAAAGGGUUUGAGCCAAAAUGUUGGCACUUAUAACUGCAGAAUUGCAGCUCUUUGUGCGAAAGGUAAGAGCUUUCAGGCUGAAGAAUUGUUGGAUGUGAUGAAAUUAAAUGGAAUCUUUCCGGACAAAAUCAGCUUCAAUACCUUGAUUAAUAGGUUUUGCGAACAAGGGAAUACAGACUCUGCCAUUGAGUUAUUUAAGAGAAUGAAGGAUGUCAAGGCGCCUGGCGGUAGAGUUGUCUUACCUGAUUCAUACACGUACAUCAAGUUAACACAGGGUUUGGUUGAGAAAGGAGAAUUUGGGAAGGCUGUGGAGAUCUGCAAAGAGUGCUUGGACAAUAAAUGGGCACCGUCCUUUAAGACCAUGAAAGAACUGAUUGAUGGUUUGAUUAAGAAUUCGCAAGUAGAUGAAGCAAAGGGCAUUGUUGCAAGGAUGAAGAAGGGAUUAGUCAAAGGUGAUGCUAAAGUUGCCUGGGAGAAAAUGAAAGAAGGAUUUGCCUUCUGAUACUUGUGGAGUGACUUGAAGCUGGCCAAGUAAAAGGAGUUUCAUAUAGUUAAUCAUAGUAAACUCGUGAGCCAUCUGAAAUAAUUUGCUACAUGAGUUCUUUGAUUUAAGCUGCUGCACUUGUCUGCUGCAAUGCAAGCAAGAAUCUUUAGAUAUCUUCUUUUCUGUAGAAUUUUUUCCUUUUAAGUUUGACCCAAUGCCUUUUGCUUUCA